UGGAAGGCCUAUCCCCAAUGUCUGUCUGUCUAUCUCUCUCACUCACUCUCUUUCAUUUGUAAACAAAACAACGUGAUUGUGAAACCGGAUUCACCUGGAAAACCUGGAGCAUAACAUUUACAGGACUUUUAGGCUUAGUGGUUACAUUAAUGGCCUACAAGUGGAUAACUAUGCCAGAGAUACAGAACCAACCAGGUCUAGUGCACAAAGGCACACACAUGGCCCUGUGAGCUGCGACUGUGAACCGCGCUAUCAAGGAAAUUCCUCGAUCCCCCAGGGUUACCUCCGAGGGUUCUCUAUCUGCCGAGCUGCAGCAAAACAAAGAAUAAGGUAGGACUCUGCAGGGAGACACGAUGGCUACCGAAGAAAAUCAAACCCAGGUUGGGUCUGUAGUCCUGGCUCAGCGUGCUUCACCUCCAUCCUCUGGCAGCAGGCCGCACAGAGAAACCAGACAUGACAGCCAGGAAGUAUGGCGAUACUCUGACCAAUCGUGGAAUUCAAAACAGCGAAGCAGCCCUUCCCUCCUCUUUUAUCGGAAGUUGUCGUGUGACAGUGAGAAUGGGCCAAUUUUGGACAAGGAAUACGACUGUUUGGACUACAGCUCAAAUCUCCAGCCGUCAGCUGGCAAGAGAAUUGAAGGAGUAACUAACACGGUUACUCCGAUACCUGAGAAAAGUUCAGAGGGAUCUCCGUGCCAGCUGGACACCUCUGGAGAGGGUGUGGAUGCAGGCAGGAACAGAACUGGCAGAACCCCCUGCUCCUGCCCCCUGUCUAGCCUCCACACAGGUCCAAACAUCUAUUGUUGCCACAGCCCCAGAUCCAGUCCGAACCCCAGCUCCAGCCCCGUUCAGAGCCCUCGCCGCUGCAACAGCCCUUCGCAGCACCACCGGAGACACGUCCGCCGCAGCAGCCUGCCGGUGUCUAUGCUGGCGUUCAACAAGAUGUCACCCUACCUCUCAACCCGGUGCACUCCCGCCAGUGAACCCAGCUCUUUAACGUCCUCACCUUGUAAUUCCCCCCUCCCCAAACACCGGCAGCAUCAUCAGAAUGGACAUACCCACCAGCACCGGCUCAAAGAUGUCUACUCCAGUUUAGAGAGGCUCAACAGAAAGCCCAGGGUGGACAAAUACUCCCUGGAGAAACUAUUUCUAAGACGAGCAUCUCUAGAAACUACGAGGACGACCUUGAGGAACGACGAGAGGUCACCCUCAGGAGUGACCAGAGACUGCAGCGGGGGCAGCAGCAGUGAGGAAGAGGAGGAGGAGGAUGAAGAGGGUCUUUUGGAUAACUCAGAGUUUAUCAGGAACCGUAAAGAGCGUUCCACUGUCCUAGUGAGGCGCUUCUGCAAGAAUAAUAUAAAGGUGACCAAGUCAGUGUGUACUGGAACCAGAGCCAUCGUCAGGACGCUGCCAUCAGGACGCAUCUCAGAGGAGGUCUGGGACGUGGUUUUUACUCACCGGAUAUGGAAACCCAGCAAGAAGGAUUUGUGUCCAAUCUUAACUCGUGGUAUGGAAGAAGAGUUCAGAGUCUGCAGGGAGAUACUACGUUUUGUUGGAGUUAAGCUACAACAGGUUAACAACUAUGUGCAGGACAGAGAGGAGCUCAACCUGAUUCAUCCCGCCAAAAAGCUCCUGCUGUCUCUUCCUGGAUGUGUGUGUCUCAGGGAGUCUCGCUGGCUAUCCAACGCUGUCAGCAGCAGCAGCCCAGCCGGACCGGACCCUCACCCCCGCCUCCAUCACUGCUACUGUCAGCCUUUCUAUCCACAUAGGUUUUAUCGUGCCUGUGUGCAGAGGACGUCGGCGUGCUCCCUGCUGACCGGAGCCCUGCUGGAGGCCACAGCAGCUCUCGGGUCCCGCUCCUCUCUGCCCUGCCCUUUACCCCAGAUCCCCAACUGCCACGCCGUGCUGAAAGAGCGUCAGCUGGCCAACAGUAUGACCAGCAGCGGCUCUCUGCCUCCCAGUGUCAGUGGGAUCAGUAAGGAGCUGGCAGACGUGCGUCACCUUGUUCAGUUCCCCGAGGAGAUCGCCUGCAUCCUCACCGAGCAAGAGCAGCAGCUUUACCAGCGGGUCUUUCCUCUGGACUACCUCUGUUUCCUCACUCGAGACCUAGGCAGUCCCGAGUGUCAAAACAAGCGCCACCCUAACCUCAAGGCCUCGCUGUCUGUGCCCGCCAUGCCUACCCAGAGUGCUCAACGAAGCAACGCUGUGGAGGACCUGGUGGCACGAUUCAAUGAGGUGAGUUCAUGGGUGACGUGGCUGAUCCUGACUGCUGGGUCUAUGGAGGAGAAGAGAGAAGUUUUCUCCUACCUGGUCCAUGUCGCUAAAUGCUGCUGGAACAUGGGAAACUACAACGGUGUCAUGGAGUUUCUGGCUGGACUCAGGUCCCGCAAAGUGCUGAAGAUGUGGCAGUUUAUGGAUCAGUCAGACAUCGAGACCAUGAGGAGCCUGAAGGACGCCAUGGCUCAGCACGAGUCUUCUGCUGAGUACAAAAAGGUUGUGACCAGAGCCCUCAAUAUCCCAGGAUGCAAGGUGGUGCCAUUCUGUGGGGUUUUUCUGAAGGAGCUGAGUGACGCGUUGGAUGGGACAGCCAGCAUCAUCAGCCUGAAACCACCUGUGGAUAAUACAGAGGACUCCAUAGAGUUUGUGUCCGACUUCAGCGGCCAGCACAACUUCAUGUCGCGGUCAGGUCCCGAUGGACUCCACGUCCCAGAGAAAGAAGCCACUGUCAGCAACAUCCUCCAGAUUAUCAGAUCCUGUAAUCGUAGUUUGGAGGCAGAGGAUCCUGACGAUGCUUCCACCAGUCCUUCGUCUACUGGCCAAUCCCCUACGUCCAGAAACAACUCCUUCAGGGACCGCUGCCGCAAUCAUUCCCAUUCUUUUAGGACACCGUCAGAAUCAAACCAUGUCUUAUUCAUGGUGGGGGAUUUGUCCGAUUCGGAGGGGGACUUGUCGUCUGAGCCGGGGGUGAAGGAGGUGGAGUUUCAGGGGACUGAGGAGACGCACAGAGCCUUCAGCCAUGGCACUGAGCUCAUUCCCUGGUACGUGUUGUCGCUGCAGCCAGACGUCCACCAGUUUCUGCUGCAGGGGGCCACGGUCAUCCACUACGACCAGGAGAGCCACCUCACUGCUCGCUGCCUGCUGCGGCUACAGCCCGACAACACAACACUCACCUGGGGUAAUCCUCAGAGCGGAGGGGCUUCCCCUGCAGAGCAGCCACUGGGAUUAGGACAGUCUGUAGUGGCAGGACUAGCAGAGGGCCUCUUGGACCUGGCAGUUGUGAAGGCAGUGUUCAUGGGUCAUCAGGGAGUGGACGUCCAUGCAGUAUGUUUGCAAAACAAGCUCAGCCAGAUGACGGUGGAGGAAAAUGGCCUCAGCCUCCUUUACGGUCUCAGUACCACCGACAACAGGCUCCUGCACUUUGUGGCCCCCAACCACACUGCAAGGAUGCUCCACAAAGGCCUGACAGAGUUGGUGAAUGCAACCAGAAGAUUAAAGAAGUUUCCUGACCAGAGGUUGCAGUGGCUGAGGAAGCAGUAUGUCAGCAUGUAUCAGGAGGACGGCAGGUACGAAGGCCCUACCCUGGCUCAUGCCAUUGAGCUGUUUGGUGGGCGGAGGUGGAACAUGGGUACAGGCGGAGUGGAAAAACCCAGCGGCCAGAAAAACAGCCCUAAUGAUAAAGCCAAGAAGAAGAAGAAGGUCCUUGUCAGGGGAGACAGUGGGGAUGCCACGGAUGACGAGAUGGUUUCCAGGAAGACACGGAGCUGUAAAGAGGGACUGUAUCGGAACGGGCCGGAGUCUGACAGCAUCGACCAAGAAGAUCCAGAGGACAGCUUCCCUGGACCAUUCUCCCUCUCAUCCAGUAAAAGCCCUGGAUUGCUUGGAUCUUCUUCUUCCUCUUCCUCGUCUUCCUCCAGUAUGGCGGGGUCCAACCAUUCCCGCCCACAGUCCUCUCCUGUCCUCUCUGGAACUGUCAAGCAACAGCCAGGGGCGUGGAGCAGCAGGUCAUGGCACGGUCGUGGUAAAGGCUGUUUUAAAGGCUUCCAGAAUCUCAUGAUUUCUGACAGCACCAUGAGCUUCAUCGAGUUUGUCGAGCUCUUCAAGUCUUUCAGUAUCCGAAGCAGGAAGGACUUGAAGGAGCUGUUUGACACCUUCGCUGUCCCCUGCAGUCGAUCAACUCCAGAGUCUGCGCCUCUCUACACCAACCUCAGCAUUGACGAUAAAGACACGGGGCUACAGCCAGACCUCGACUUAUUAACCCGCAAUGGCUCUGACCUUGGCCUGUUUAUCCGGACGAGGCAGCAGAUGUCUGACAACCAGAGGCAGAUCUCAGACGCCAUCGCAGCCGCCAGCAUCGUGACCAACGGGACGGGAGUGGAAAAUGCUUCACUGGGCGUCUUGGGAUUGGCUAUCCCUCAGCUCAACGACUUCCUAGUGAACUGUCAGAGAGAGCACUUGAGCUAUGACGAGAUUCUCAGCAUUAUACAGAGAUUUGAGCCCUCAUUGAGCAUGAGACAAAUGGGUUGGAUGUCGUUUGAAGGCUUUGCAAGGUUCCUGAUGGAUAAGGAGAACUGUGCUUCUCGUAUUGAGGAAUCCCAGGUGAACCCAGAGGAGCUGCAGUACCCUCUGUCCUACUACUACAUCGAGUCUUCUCAUAACACCUAUCUGACCGGACACCAGCUCAAAGGAGAGUCCUCUGUUGAGCUUUACAGUCAGGUGCUGCUGCAAGGCUGUAGGAGCGUCGAGUUGGACUGCUGGGAUGGAGAUGAUGGCAUGCCAGUUAUUUAUCAUGGACACACACUCACCACUAAAAUACCCUUCAAGGAUGUGGUGGAAGCAGUAAACCGGUCUGCAUUUGUCAAUUCGGACAUGCCCGUCAUCCUGUCCAUAGAGAACCACUGCUCCCUUCCACAGCAACGCAAGAUGGCUGAAAUCUUCAAGACGGUGAUUGGGGAACGCCUUGUGACUCGCUUCCUCUUUGAGAGUGAUUUCAACGAUGACCCUCACCUGCCGUCUCCUCUGCAGCUGCGGGGGAGAAUCCUCCUGAAGAACAAGAAGCUCAAAGCACACCAGGCGCCGGUGGACAUACUCAAACAGAAGGCUCACCAGCUGGCCCACAUGCAGGCACAGGCUAGCAACGGGUCACCAGGGGUUACUUCACCUAACAACCACACCAAUGAAGAAGAGGAAGAGGAAGAAGACGAGUACGACUACGACUAUGAGUCUCUAUCAGAUGCUGAUGUCCUCACAGCCUCUACUGCCUCGUAUAGUCUGGAAGAUAACAUCCUGGAUGACAAACCAGAGGGGAAGAGCCCAGCAGACAAAGAGGAGCAACCUGUUGAUGAAAUCCCGAAGAGGAUGAAGAAGCCUGAGAGCACCACGCAGAGCAAAGGAAAGGUGUUUGACAUGGAGCUUGGCGAGGAGUUUUACCUUCCUCAGAACAAGAAGGAGAGUCGACAGAUUGCCCAGGAGCUGUCCGACCUCAUCAUCUACUGCCAGGCUGUGAAAUUCCCGGGCCUGUCCACGCUGUCUCCUGCCGGCUCUGGCAGAGGGAAGGACCGGGGGAAGAGCAGGAAGUCCAUAUUUGGCACAGCCCCUGCUCCUGCGCUGACUCAGAGCCGCACCCCUGGUAAAGGUGGCAGCGAGCGGCUGAGCUGGGAGGAGCAGCAGCAGACGUCUCCCACCCUGAACCCCCCCACCUCCCUCAGCGCCAUCAUCCGCACGCCCAAGUGUUACCACAUCUCCUCCGUCAAUGAGAACGCCGCCAAGCGCCUGUGCCGCCGCUACUCUCAGAAGCUGAUCCAGCACACGGGCUGCCAGCUGCUCAGAACGUACCCAGCAGCCACCAGGAUCGACUCGACAAACCCCAACCCUCUGCUCUUCUGGCUGCACGGCAUCCAGCUGGUGGCACUCAACUAUCAGACUGAUGACUUGCCCAUGCAUUUGAACACAGCUCUGUUUGAGGCUAACGGCGGCUGUGGCUACGUCCUGAAGCCGGCGGUGCUGUGGGACCGCAGCUGUCCGCUCUAUCAGCAGUUCUGUCCGAUGGAGAGGGAUGUGGAGAAGAUGAGCCCCGCCGUCUACUCCCUCACUAUUGUCUCCGGUCAGAACGUGUGUCCCGUUAAUAACGCUGGCAGCCCCUGCAUUGAGGUGGAUGUUCUGGGCAUGUCCAUCGACAGCUGCCACUUCCGCACCAAGCCCAUCCACCGCAACACCCUGAACCCCAUGUGGAGCGAGCACUUCCAGUUCACCGUGCACUGCGAAGAGAUGUGCUUCCUGCGCUUCGCCGUAGUGGAGAACAACAGCUCCCAGACCACCGCUCAGAGGACGCUGCCUCUGAAGGCCCUCAAGCCAGGUUACAGACACGUCCAGCUGAGGACGCAGCAUAAUGAACCCCUGGAAGUGUCAAGCUUGUUUAUCUACAGCCGCAGAAUAGAGGAGGGUCCCACAGGGGGCGCUACUCCCUCAUCACUGCUGUUCAGUUCAGAGGAGAAACAUGCGUCGCAGCAGCACAGGGUGACGGUGUACGCAGCUCCUGGCCCUGAACUCUUCACCGUGUUCUCUGUGACAGAGCAGACCACCGCCAAACAGCUGCUGGACACGGUUGUAGCGUCUUCUGGAAACCCCUCCGAGUACUUCCUGUGCGAGGAGAAGGUUCCUCUGUUGAAGGAGCGCAGCGAGGUGAAGCGCUGUGCUCAGCACCGUGCUCUGGCCCCGGAGGAGGAGGUGGUCCGACUGGUCUCCAGCUGGAACUCUGAGGAGGGAUAUGUGGGGAGGAUCUGCCUCAGAACAAGAGAGGAGAACUUGAAUGAGAAGAACUCUGUGCUGGAGGGAGAGGAGGAGGUGACAGUGGGAGGUAGAGAUGGGUCAGGAGGAGGAGCAUUGGAGGAAGAUAUGUUCUUCGUCCAGGUCCAUGAAGUUUCACCAGAGCAGCCGCACACUGUGAUCAAAGCUCCACGCUACAGCACUGCUCAGGACAUCAUACAGCAGACUCUGUCAAAAGCCAAGUACUCCUACACUAUCCUAGCUAAUCCCAACCCCUGUGACUACGUCCUGAUGGAGGAAGUGACGAAGGACGCCGGCUCUAAGAAGUCCUCCACGUCCAAGCCCCUGCAGCGGGUGCUGCUGGAUCACGAGUGUGUCUACCAGGCUCAGAGCCGCUGGAGGGGCGCGGGAAAGUUCAUUCUGAAAUUCAAAGAGCAGGUGGUGCGGGAAGACAAAAAGAAAGUCAUUUCCUUCGCCAGCGAGCUGAAGAAGCUGACCAGCCGCAGCCGCAGCAUGACGACAGGCGGGGGGGUGGACGGCCCGGCGCAGAGUAAGGAUGAUAGAGCGGCAUGCUGUGUGGCUCUGACCGAGCUGCAGGAGUGAGGCUCGGCUGCGGUCUGUGCAUGAGGGUGUCUGUCUGCAGCUGCAGGGCUGAAGGUGUGGGUGGCAGAGGGCCGGGUGGGGGCAGGAAGGUUCCUCCAGACCUCUUCUUCCUCCUCCUCCUCCUCCUCCUUUAGGGAGCAGCUCCACCUGCCCACCCCCUCUCUGACCCCCUCCACCUGGAAGCUCCACCUGCUCAGGAACUGGAAGAUCCUGAAAUGAUGAGAGAGACUUUGGUUGACUACUUCUACAUUUGGAGGAUACUCCUUUUAAAAAAAAAAAAAAAAAAGCCGUCCGACACACUGUGGGAUUGUGGGAUACGCUCCUCUCGUAGGAGUCUACGUCUGAUGCUUCCUCUUGUUAGUUGAGCAUGUUAAGGACGUGAUUCAGACUCUCAGCCCCUUCGCUUGGUCAGGCAGGAGUUAACCCAGCGUCACUUUGAAGCAGUGAGGGGGGGGGGGGGGGGGCAGGAAGCUCUUUUGGUUUAUUGGUUGUGGAGCGGCUCCACAGAGAGGCGGAGAACCAGAGGCAGCUGCUCUUAUUGAAGUCAUACAGCGUGUGAUCAGGGUCUCAAAGUAUUCCUUUUCUCACAGAUGAAAAGGAAGCACUUCCCUGAGUCACACUUGAAGGAUAAAGAGGAACGAGUGCCAGUUUUUAUCUCCCAAAAAAUGACACCAUAAGAGAUGAAGGUGGCCUGCAAAUAUCCUCUGGAUUGAAUGAGUUUAGAGAGACGGAUGGUGUCCUAGCACAGUUUGCUAUUGGAUGACUUUGUUUGGUUCCAAGAAGGUUUACUAUUGGUUCCCCCUCUGCUCGUAUCGCACAAAUGAAGCACAGAGGCAUGUACAGAAAGAGAGAUGUGGAAGGCUGAAGAGGUUUUCAAAGUAUUCUUCUCUCUUUCUCAGGUAUGAGCUCUUUUUUCUGAGGGCGUUGUGAAGGAGGCUGAACAGCUGGCUUGUUUGGUUAUUUCGUACUGUUCCAGUUUCACAGUACUGUAAGGGCACAUGGUCGGGCAGCGCUCACAGGAUACAGCAGUGACAUGCUCAGGUAUUCUGUGAAGAAGCAGUGCUUUGGGCGAUUUCUUGGACACUUCUGUCGCUGCCCGGAAGGUGACGAUACGUGGACAGCAUUUCAAGGCAGUAUGCAACAUUAAUGUGUGCAGGGCAAAUGUGAAACCAUCCCUUAUCACUUUGUUUAUGAAUUUGCCCUUCUGCUGUGCCUUCAAAUGUUGCAACACUGCCCUACAGUUAAUGAAUUCAUUGUGUAGUUGUAUAUCUGGCUGGUUUCACAAAGCAUUUUAAUUCUGUUAUCAUUGUCCACUAUUAAUUAUGGCGUCUUUGCCAAUAGAACACAUACAAGUUCAUUAAGUAAUGCUACAAACAUCCUCCGAAAACAUUGUUGUCUUAACAAAAGUGGCCAUGCAAUACUUUUUGAUAAAAUGAUCUGAUUACCUUUUCUAAUAUAGGAUUACAAAUCUGUCUUCGUUAACAUGUUCACUGGUUUCACGAGUUAAAAAGCUUCAAACUAAUAAAUCACUCCUCUUUCUGUUGGGAAUAAUGAUAAUAGCUUUAAGAUCGUUUCCAGAAACACAGCCAGAUCUUCUUAAAACAAUAUUUUGCACAUUUUUCCUUUUGCUGUCAAUUUCCGUGUUUUUCUUCAUCUGUCUGAAAAAGAGAGACUUGAUUGUUGUGAGGUGGUCAAACAAGUUUGGCCCAGUUACAGAUUUAGAUUUGAGGAAAGCAUGAGAUAAUUGUUUGGAUUGUUUUUGUCGAACUCAAAUGUUUAUGCCCAACUGUAAAAUUCCCCAAACAAAAAUAUUCUAAAAAAACAGAUGAAAUUACAUUUGACUUUAGAUUUAUUUGAAAUGCAAUAUCUUUAUAGAUGAGUAGUAUUGAUAGAUUGUCCAUAAUGAUGUUAGACUUUUCUUUAUUUCUCUAUUUCUACUGCUCAUUUCAGAAUGUUUACUUAAACUUGAUUAACUUGGGGCCUUUUUUAUGUUUUGAUAUUUAACAUUUCCAUAUUUCUAAGUGUGAAUUACCCUUUUUUUAAAGUAUUGUUUUAAUUGGCAUUCAGAUAUUAAUACAUAAGUAUUCCUUCUAGCGUUGUCAUGUAGAUCCUUGAGGAGCCCAACAAUAUAUCGACGCACUGUUUAGUAAGCGAAGAUAAGAAAACAGACCCAAAAAUCCUUAUCCAACAUUAUUUGGACACAUGUCCUUCAUUAGAUCUGUAGUUGUGUGUGGUGUUAACUCAAAAAUAAUUUGGGGUUAAGAAUGACUCUUUUUAACACACAAACCAACACUUCUUCUGACAUGAACGACACCAAGUAUAAUUCUAUAGAAAAUGUUUUUUAUCAACCAUGCUCCGCAAAAAUAAUGUGUGUCCUUCGACUUUCAUCUGUCUUUAAAUAAGACUGCCAAGUAAUGAUGUUCAAUGUUAGUGCAAUAAGUUCUACCCCUGGUUCGUAACUCCUUUUCUUGAUUUGUUUAUCCACACACAAAGCUUACCUGUUAUCAGUGGUAAAGUAACCGUGAUCUAAAUCUAGAUUUAAAUUGUGAUCCAAGAAACCACAACUCUAAACGUGUGAUAACUAGCAACUGCUUAUAUAACUAUGUGAAAACCACACUGACUUUAAACAGAGAGGGACAUUUUCUGUUUCUCCCUUCUUUCUAACAUGUAGACCUCAUUUCUGAAUGUAACAUUUCUUAAUGUGUUGAACCUGAGACAAAUGUGUGUUUGGAUGUUAUUUAUUUUAAUGUGAAGCCCUGGUUGGCGGUUAUCUGUUGUUUGUGUAUUUUCUUGUAAGUAGUUUUUUAUUUAUUUGAAUAUGUGAGAGGAUUAAUUCUCCACUGCCCUGACUUUACUCAAACUUAUUUAGAGACUAGAGAAGUAUUUUACUUUGUGUCAAAUAUUCAGUAUAGUAUUCAUACGCCUGAUAUAUUAUUCUGCAGCACACAGCAGCGUCUUUUAAUUACUUUUAUUUCGUGAGUUUUCAGAAAUGUGGAUAAAGCCGACAAUUUGUCCUGUUAUUAUUUGGAUAAUAAAUACCCAUUUUGCUGUAUUCGUUGUAUCCGCUGAUUAUGACAUGUGUUUCAUUAUUAGCACUCUGUUGUUUCAUAAGAUGUGCAGUAUACCCUUUAACAUUCACUAUUCAUGUUAUGAUGUGUACAAGUGAACAUUUGUCUAUUUACUUGAAUUUUUAAAUGUAUGAGAAAUGGUGUAAUUGUCAUUUAGCAGGAUCACAAUAAAAAUACAUAUCUUACUG